AUGAAAACAUUUACAGCGGUCAGAUUUCAGUUUCAGUUCAUUUUGAGUCUAUCAUGUAUACUGUUUAACGUGGUAUAUGGACAGACCUCUACAAACAUCCAACAGUUAUACACCGAUGUGUUUACAACUCACCAAAAGGCAGUUAUUCCAAAUUCGAACUUUUCGAAACCUUUAGAAGUAACACUGAAGUUGUUUUUGCUUACGAUUACACGAUUUGACGAAGUGGAUGAAACAUUGGACACUGGAGUUGCAAUUCUGACCACCUGGAAUAACGAUGGAAUUUCAUGGAACCCGUCUUCAUACGGUAAUGCAGAAUCUAUUGUUGUGCCUAAAACAGAUAUAUGGACCCCGAAUUUGGUACUAUUAAAUUCCGUUGAAACUUAUGAACCAUUAGGAGGAACUAACGAUAAUCUUGGAACAGUUUUUUACAAUGGUUCUUCAAGUAUAUUCUUGGGCGAUUUAUUGUCUUCAAAAUGUGUAGCAAAUGUUUACAAGUUUCCAUUUGAUACGCAAACGUGUGUGCUGUCAUUUGUUGUAUGGGGAUCAACAAUUAAGGACGUAACCUUGACAACAGAUCCAUAUCCGGUUGAUGUUACUUACCUCAUACCAAACUCUGAUUGGACACUGCAGUCAUACCAAGGUAGAACGUAUCUUUGGGGGUCAUUCGAUAUAUUGGAACUUUCACUUACCAUUAAACGUGCACCUUUAUAUUAUACCAUAGUGGUGGGUUGUCCUACCAUUUUGUUCGGAUUAUUAAAUCCACUCGUGUUUCUACUUCCGGUAGAAUCCGGAGAACGUGUAGGACUAUCAAUGACUGUAUUACUAUCAUUUGCAAUAUUUCUGACCAUGGUACAAAUGGCUGUUCCUGCAUCUUCUAAUCCAAUGAGUCUUUUAUUGGUCUUUAUGAUAGUGACUAUUGCUUUAAGUGGAAUAAUUGUUGCGGUAACUAUUUAUAUAUCAUCACUUUAUUAUAGAGAUCCACAGGUAAAUAUGAACACUAUCUUUAAAUAUUUUGGAUCAAGGCGGCACAAAAAUAAAAGAUUAAUUGUAGUUGUUCCAGAGUUAGAGAAAAUUGAAAAGGAGAAUGUGAAAUACUCAGCUGAGAUGAAUAUCACAUGGAAGGAUGUCUGCGACGGACUAGAUACUUACAUGAUGGUUAUAUCUUAUUGUAUCAUAAUCUUCAUCAACUGUUUAUUAUUCAUUAUUGUUACGGUGUAA